ACACUCGCUCGCCUUAGUCGCACUAGUGCGGGUCAUUUCAGGUAAACGCUGCCGCUGCGUCUUGUUCACUUUAGCCCACAGAGAUCUUCUACAGCUCUUGAGGAAUGUACUCACACAGGGACCCUUAAUAAUCCCAGCGCUACGAGCUUCGUCUUGCGUACGAGGAGUUUCUCACAGGAGUUCUGUGGCCACUCAGUGUUGCCUGGAGUCAAACAAAAAUAGUUCUUUGACACCCCUGACAUUGGCCUGGGAAAGUUCUUGGGCUGAUGGUGCUCAAAGCGAUAGAGGAGGUCCAAACCUUCAAGGAUCAUCGAGUCUUGGUGGCAUGGUUCUUUGGAGCCCGGCAAUUUUUACCCUUUUCUCCAAGAUUCACCUCCAGAGUUAGGUAUGCACCCAGAUGUCUGAGGAGGCUCUGAGGAUGACACCUUGGCCUUGAAGCCCACCAGUAUGUCAGAGCCAGCCGAAAAUUGCUCCCCCCGCUGGAAAGAUGAAGCCAUUCAGAAUGGUUAUGUACCACGUUACCUGGACAAAGAUGAGAUCUGUGUAGUGUGCGGGGAUAAAGCUACAGGCUAUCACUACCGUUGCAUCACCUGUGAAGGUUGUAAGGGUUUUUUCAGGCGCACGAUCCAGAAAAAUCUCAACCCGACCUACGCUUGCAAGUACGAGGGAAAAUGUGCUAUCGACAAAGUCACCAGAAAUCAGUGUCAGGAGUGUCGCUUCAAAAAGUGCAUUUCUGUGGGAAUGGCUACUGACUUGGUGCUGGAUGACAGCAAGCGGUUAGCUAAGCGAAAAUUAAUCGAGGAGAACCGGCAGCGUCGGCGGCGGGAAGAGCAACAGAGGACAAUGUGGGAUCGCCUGGAGCCCACUCAGGAGGAGUGGGACCUGAUCCGAAUGGUAACUGAAGCCCACAUGGCCACAAACGCCCAAGGAAACCACUGGAAGCAAAAAAGGAAGUUCCUGAGUGCAGCUGGGGUGAAGGAAGUGAAGCCUGAGGAAUUUGGUCAUGCGUCUAUGGCUAACACACCAGAAGGGAACAAAGUGGAUAUAGAAGCCUUUAGUCAGUUUACAAAAAUUAUCACCCCUGCCAUAACCCGAGUUGUGGACUUUGCCAAAAAACUGCCUAUGUUUUGUGAGCUGCCUUGUGAAGAUCAGAUCAUUCUGUUAAAAGGCUGCUGCAUGGAGAUCAUGUCGCUGCGAGCUGCUGUUCGCUAUGAUCCCGAGAGUGAGACACUCACACUCAAUGGGGAGAUGGCUGUUACAAGAGGUCAGCUCAAGAAUGGAGGGUUGGGUGUCGUCUCGGACGCCAUCUUUGACCUUGGCAUGUCUCUUUCCACCUUUAACUUGGAUGACUCCGAGGUGGCGCUGUUACAGGCUGUCAUCCUGCUUUCAUCUGAUCGACCUGGCCUGAGUAGUGUGGAACGAAUUGAACGCUGCCAAGAGGAGUUCCUUCUGGCCUUUGAACAUUACGUCAACUAUCGCAAACACAAAGUGACGCAUUUCUGGCCCAAGCUGCUAAUGAAGGUGACAGACCUAAGGAUGAUCGGUGCCUGCCACGCAAGCCGAUUCCUGCACAUGAAAGUGGAGUGUCCCACUGAGUUAUUCCCGCCUCUCUUCCUGGAGGUCUUCGAAGACUAACCAGUGGAUUUAGGUGUAUGCACACGUGUGUGUGUGUGUAUGUGUAUGCAUGACUGUGUGAAUGCGUGUGCAUCUGUUGUUAACACCCAAUGCAUUGGGGGGGAGGGGGUGGCAGUGUUGAAACAGUUAUCAAGGCCUUUCCAGUGAACUUUCUAUUAACACUGCUGAAGUGUUACUUCAUUCCAUACAGUAGAAGGAACUCUCUGGUCUAGCUUUCAAAAUGGAACCAUUCCUUACAGUGCGGGUACAUUUCUGUUUAGUUUGUUCUGUCGGUCGUCUUCUUGUGGAUAUAACCUCUCACCUCGGACAUAAGUUGAUUGAUUGUACAGUUGGCCACAUCUGUGAUUUUAACUCACUUUUUUCAUCCUAGGCCAUUUUAGAUGUUGUUCUAUCCUUUCUUCAUGUCUGAAAUUUCAGGUUGGCUGCUCACCCAGGAGAGAAAAACAGGACAAUGUUAGUGGUUUAUUAGCCACCGGCUAACUUCUCUCCUCC